UACGAUGUAUCGUCUCAUAUCGCUCGCAGUUCUUUUGACCUCAGUCAAUGGUCAUUGGGGUUCAGAUUCAUCAGAAGAAGCUUCAUGGGAACAUCAUGAUCAUAAACCUGGUGGCUGCUCACAUCAUCAUGACGCCGAUUUCCAUUUCGACGUCAUUGGAGAGGAAGCAAUUGAAGGUGACGAAUCUUAUCAAGAUUACUGCAAAACUAGUUCCAACAUAGCUCAAGAAAUGUAUGGACAAGACGGUUAUAUUUUAAAGUACAGGCUACCACGUUUUGAUCAAAAAAUGAUUACGGUACGGUUAAAACAUAGAGCUGUAUAUGUUAAAGCUGCGAAGUCAACUGAAGUUUUUGAAGAUGUUAAAUUGCUGUCUGAUAUACUGAAAGUGGAAAAUGCGAAAUGGUAUAUUGAUGGAGAAUUUUUAGUCGUGUCUGUUCCGUAUAAGAUAGUAAUGGGAAUUGAGACAGCUGUUCCAUGUGGUAAUAAUAUAAAGAGAGAGAUUCAAAACGUUGUGCAGGUUGCAGCACCUGUAGUAGACAUCAACAGUAUGUACAGAUCAACAAAUAUUGGAUUAUCCGCUAGCGAUUUCUCUCCUUCAAAAUAUGGCUAAAGUAAAAGUUGAAGCAUAUAUUAUA